AUGUUUAAAUUAUUCGCUAAUCUACGUAUGAACCAAUUCUAUAGUAAUGGUAACAUCAUAUUAAGAAACUUGACUAAACAAAAUGGGAUUAAAAACUUUCAUUCAUCUGUGAAACCACUUCAAAGAUUUAAAUUUAAGCCGUUCGAAAAUUCACCAUUAAGAAGAAGUAAUACUUGGAAAAGCUAUAAUCAAUAUUAUAAUAGAACUAGUUGGGAUAAAUUAAAGAAUCCACUCAUAUUCACAGCUGCAUUUUGUGUGGGAACAACUUUGAUAACACCUUAUUUAUUUGAAUAUACUCCAUUGAAAAUUUUUAGACAAAACCCACAAAUAUUAAUAUGGUCAAUAAUUGCAAUAAAUGGAGCUGUAUUCUUAAUGUGGAAAGUACCUCAAUUUCAAAAAUACACAAUGCAAUAUGGUUUAUUAUUCAAAGAUAAUUUACAGUCUCCAUGGACCUUAUUAGGUUCAGCAUUUUCACAUCAAAGUUUUACUCAUUUAUUUAUUAAUAUGUUAUGUUUCCAAUCAUUUGCAUCUACUUUAGUCAUGGUAUUAGGUGUAUCUAAUUUCACUACAAUGUAUUUGAAUGCUGCUGUUAUAUCAUCAUUUGCAUCAAUUGCCAUUCCAGUUUUGAUUGGAUCGUCACUUUCAGUCGCUUCAUUAGGUGCUUCAGGUGCAAUUUUCAGUGUUUUCGGUACAUUUUCAUAUUUAUUCCCAAGUUCACCAGUUGGUUUCUUCUUUAUUCCAAUUCCUGGUGGAGCAUGGACUUUAUUUUUAGGUACUGCUGCUUGGAAUGCUGCUGGAUGUGCAUUAAGAUGGGGAACUUUUGAUUAUGCAGCUCAUUUAGGUGGUUCAUUAGUUGGUAUUGCUUAUGGUUAUUACUAUAGUAAGAAACGAAAAGAAUCUAUACGUAGAAGAAGACUUGCAUUUUAG